CUGCGUGUAACCCAUGGUCAACCUAAUCAGGUUGAGAAUGUACUUGUGAAUUUGAAUAAGCAGUGUAUGUCAAAAUUAGCCAACACAAACGGGAGACUCCAAUUGUUGAUAAUAAUUUUACCUGAUGUAAAGGGGUCUUAUGGAAAAAUAAAGCGUAUUUGUGAAACUGAACUAGGAAUAGUAUCUCAGUGUUGUCAGCCAAGACAAAUUGUAAAGUCGUCGAACAAACAAUAUCUUGAAAAUGUGGCCCUCAAGAUAAAUGUUAAGGUUGGUGGUAGUAACACAGUGCUGAAUGAUGCAAUUGCAAAGCAAAUCCCUCACGUGUCUGAUAAAGCAACAUUGAUCUUGGGUGCGGAUGUAACACAUCCACAGCCAGGGGAAGACUCUAGCCCUUCUAUUGCUGCAGUUGUGGGAUGCAUGGAUUGGCCUUUUGUUACCAAGUACAGAGGAGUUGUUUCUGCCCAGCCACAUCGGGAGGAAAUCAUUCAAGAUCUUUUUAAAUCAUAUCAUGAUCCGAAUAGGGGAGCUGUGUAUUCAGGAAUAAUCAGGGAUUUACUUAUGGCAUUUCGACGUUCAACUAACAUGAAGCCAGACAGGAUUAUAUUCUACAGAGAUGGCGUAAGCGAGGGCCAAUUUAGUCAGGUUUUGCUUCAUGAGAUGGAUGCUAUUAGAAAGGCUUGUGGUUCACUUCAGGCGGAGUAUUUCCCUCCUGUUACUUUUGUGGUUGUCCAGAAAAGACACCACACACGCUUGUUUCCUUUUGAACACGAACGUCGUGAUCAGACAGACAGAAGUGGAAAUAUAAUGCCAGGGACGGUUGUUGACACAUCCAUUUGCCACCCUCGGGAGUUUGAUUUUUACCUCAAUAGUCAUGCUGGAAUUCAAGGAACUAGUCGUCCGACUCAUUAUCACGUGUUGUAUGAUGAAAAUAAUUUCACCGCAGAUGAGUUGCAGAAUUUUACAAAUAGUUUAUGUUAUACCUACGCAAGAUGCACCCGAUCAGUUUCAAUAGUUCCUCCCGCGUACUACGCGCACUUGGCUGCAUUUCGUGCACGUUACUAUAUAGAAGGCCAAUUAUCCGACGCCGAUUCAUCAACUGAAACUGGAGGUAGAAGAGCAAACUUUCAGGUUGUAUUGCCAUCUGUCAAGGACAACGUGGCAGAUGUUAUGUUUUUCUGCUGAAUGCAUGCGGAAGCGGAAGCAGCUUUUGCUUAUCAAGAAACAUGCUUUUUUGAUGUAGAAUCCAUGGUGUUAUUCAGCAUCUGAUCCGCAUCUUUUUUUGGGCCUAUAGUCAUUUUGCUAUUUUAAUUUUGUCUUACACCAAAGUACUGUUUGCUCUUGGUCCAAAUAUUGUCCUCGUUGCUACAGCAAUUUGAUGCAACUUUUGCUGCUUGGAUUAUGGAUGUGAGUUUAAUCUGAGUAGAUAGUUCACAAAUGUGUAUCAAAUGAGAAAUGGAACUCUUCUACAUGUCUACUUAACAGUUACUAUUCUCCUAGUUACCAAUCAAUGAAAUACUUAUUAAUAGUA